UACAUUUUAGACAAUGUGCAUUUAGCUAUUAAGUUACACAUAUUUUGCACAGCCAUACAAAACAGAGUUCUGUCAUAUCAUCAUUUUUUCAAAUACAAUAUUUUGGUUUGUUUGUACGGAAUAAGUGAUUUGUCGGUUUUCCAAAAAGGGGGAGGGGAAUCAAUUCCUGAUCUAUUAGUACCCCUCCAUGGAAAACCUCGUACACUUCCUAUGUUCCCCAAAGUGAAGAAUAUUUGUUUAUUCACCACUGCAACCCUUGCCAGUGAAAAAGACAGAAUCCAAAUGCAUCAUAUUUGUUCAGAAGUUCCAUGCAGGGCUUCCUCUGGAGCAAGUGUGCAUGGGACGGUGCUUCUUCACCCGUUAUUAUUCUGGGUGCUCUAGAUAUUGUCGUUGCUUUUUAACCAGGCAGCAAUUCUUCAAGCAAAGCUUUCUGGCAUGCCGGCGUCGCCGCGGCGAGAUCGGAAAAGCUGCGCCUGUUGAACUUUUGUCCGCCGCGCUACUGUUUAAAGGGGAGGACGCCAAGUCGAAGCGGGGACGCGUAGCAACAGCUUCAGCUUUCACUGCAGGCCCCGUUUCUAGGGCAUUGGGCUUGCUGACUAUGAAAGGUUUUUGGCCGGCUGCCGGGGGGGCGGGGCGGGGCAAGAUGAGAAGCUGCCUUCGAACGCCGAGAGGGGGCCGAGGCCGACCUCUGACCUCACGUCCAGCGCGGCGCCUUGGAGACGGUUGCCCGGCAACGGGACGCAAGCGUCGGGGCCUGCGCUCUCUGGUCCCCACCGCCACCCCCAAGCCCGGCGGCCAUGGAUGCUGAGACGCUGCCCUACGCGCUGGACCUGGUGGCGGGCAGCGGCGUGUGCCUGAGCCCGGAGAAGCGAGCGGCCCUGCGGAACUCGCUGCUGCUGGUGCGCCGGGACUACCGCUUCGAGCAAGUUCGCCUGUGGGGCCGCAUCCAGGGCACCCGAGGAGCCUACUACAUCGCCGAGGGCGUGGGGCCCGACAGGGCGGGGGCCAGAAGCCGCCUCUACAGGUGGGCAGCUGGGCUCGCAGAAGAUGGACGGCGGUGAAAUAGGGCAGGUGAAAUAGCGGGGAGGGGGGGGAGACAUGGCUCCAGCAGGUUGGCCGUCCCUGCCUCCCCUUUACUCCUGUGCCUUUAAUAGCUGCUUCCCAGGUAGAGGUUUGCACAGGUGCGCUGUUUCCUGAGAAGGGUUGCGAGAUGCCCCCAAAGUGUCAGCUGUCAGACUUCUCAGCAGGUCAGGCUUUUCCCAGCAGCGCAGCACCACGCUAGAAACCCUAAUCUCACAGUCAUUGGUUCAAGCCCCACAUUGGGUGAAAGAUUGCAAGAGGUUGAACUAGAUGAUCCUCGUGGUCCAACUCUACAAUUCUGUGAUUCUAUUGGUGAGCCUUAGUUGAUCACAGCUACUUUUUAAAAUCCAGUCAAAACAUUAAGUUCAAGGCAAUGGAAGAGAAUUCAGGUCUUGAGGGGACAGUAAUGUCUAGAAGCAACAUCCUCCUGAUGCCUUAUGAAAAAAUGUGUGUGAGAGAGGGAGUGAGGUUAGUUUUAAAUGGCAACAUAGGCAGAGAGGGCAAGUUAAACUCUAAAUGAAAGUUAACACUUGUGGAGCACUUCUGAGUGUUCAGAGCACUUUGCAGGCAUUAUCUAUUAUCUCCAUAUUGCAGACAGGGCGACUGAGGCUGAAAGAGUGACUUGCCUAAGGCCAUCUAGUGAAUUAAUGGCAUAGGCAAGAGGUGACCCAUGAACUUCACAAUGCAGUCCCUUAACAGUACAUUCCUAUUUAGAAACUAGUCUCAUUGAGUUCAGUGUGUCAUACUUCCAGGUACGUUUGUACUGGAUUGUAGUCUUAGUCACUAUUUAAAACCAUUUUCUUACUGGCAGUGGCCACUUUGGGGCAUGGAGCCACAACACGAGGAAGCUGUUGUUAUUGUUUAUUUUAAAAAAGUUGUUUUGCAAGGCAAGGGGCAUAUUCAGCGAGAGGUUCAUCUUUCGUCUUUUGCAUGUCCCUGCUUUAUAUAGCACCCUAGCUUGGUAGGAAUUCUGACCUGAUCCUUUAUGAGUUUGCUACUAUCUGUUUUAGUUUUGCCUUCAGAUUUAGAAGCCAUUCUGCCUUUCCUCUUACCUAUCUCAAGUGACUUCCCCACUCCUCCUUCACACAUUGUGGUGUCAUGAGGGGGCAGUUGGUUUUUAUCUCUGCUUGCCACCUGUUCUCUUGCUUGUUUCUGUGAGAUCUUUCAGUAGACCUCCAAAUGUCUGAAAACAUGAGUUUUUUUGCCAAUAAAAAUAUGCUUUACCCUUUUAUUAUGUAUGUGUGAAUGACAGCUUGAAUUGUGUGGAAUGGAGCCUUCUGCCACCUCCUAAUGAGGAAUUUACUGCACUGACUUCAGUGCUAAAGGGACGUUUCCAAGGGGACCCAUCCUAUGAAUAUGAACACUAUGAGAAGAAAGAAGAAGGUGAGAGACCAUAUGAAGAGGAAGCAACAGUGAGUACAUUGCAGCACCCCUGGGAUCCCGUCACCUAAUGCUUACAAUAUACUUUUUCACAAUUUGCACUUGUGCUUUUUUGAAGUAAAACAUUUUUCCUAGUUUUCUAGGAAUGCAGAGCAAUAUGAUAUAAUUAUGACAUAGGGCUACUAACAUUUUUGUGUUGCUUCAUAUUUUUUUUUACUAGUGUAGGAAUUUAUUAUUUGGAAUUUUUUAAAAUUAGGUAACAGAGAUUUGAACUGGAAUUUCUUACAAACCUUUCUUAUCCAUUUAACAUAUCUGGUCCUUGGAGCUCACUGGGUUUGGUGCAGGCAAAAUAUUAAGUUAAAAGGCUUAGCAGAAGCUUUUUAUAAACACACACACAAACAUACCUGCACUCAGUUUCAUACAGAUAUCACACAGGCAUAUAAAGAAAAUAUACAAAAGAGCUAAUUCCUAUGUUCCAAGGUUGGAAUGGAAAGGUAGUAGAAGUUAGAGGUAGCAGUGGUGACCUUCUAUCCUUUAUUCACCCCAGCAAUUCAGCUACAUAUUCACUAGAGUUUGUCAAGAGAUUCAUGCCAAGCUUCUUCUCCCUUUUUCGCUUUUUAUACAGUUUUUGUAAAACAUUGAGAUUCUAUAAAAAGUAAUGUACCCCACUCCACUACCCUGCUAGUAAUCUAGCCUUCCCUUUCCCUCCACAUUUGGCUUUGGCCUACACCCCAGAUGUAUUCCAUAUGUAUGAGUUGAAUAUUCCAGCAAGUCUCUAUAUACUUAUUUCCCACUUCUCUCUGUGUGUGUCUCAUGUGGAACACAUACAUACAUGUGCCGAGUACCUUAUCAGUUGAACCCUAAUCUCACUUUCCUGUACUCCUUACAGCUGGUCCCUCUUUUCCUAAUCUUGCUGUAACCUAACUGCAGGCUGUGGUUCCUGUUUUGAUGCAGCUGACUUAUUGUGUGUGUGUUAAAACAGCAUCUGUCUUAAGCCCCAAUGCCAUGUAAUGAAAAUAAAUGUUUUGGCAUUCUUUUCUCCUAUGACAGAUGAAGGCAAUAUAUAUUUUAAGUUUGUAGGUGCAUGAUUCUGUUCCAGUUCUCAUUCUAGUAUGUAAAACUAAGGUGGCUUUUCUUAAUGUUUGCUUUUUUCUAAAGAACUUGAUCAAGGAAGAAGUCCGUCUUGUAUCUGCAAUAGAUCAGAUAGAUAAAGCAGUGGGUAUUGUUCCACGGGGUGCCUAUAUAAAGUCACCACUGGGACCUGUGCAUGAAAACAGAAACUUUGAAGGUAAGUCCGUGUAAGUCAUAACUGCGUCUUUGAACACAAAAGUAGUCACAAACAGUUAUUUCUUCCAUGUUUGACUUGGUGGCAAGGGUCUCUGCUGCUACAGUGAGCCGAAGGGAAAUACGGGGAUACACACAUGGGCAUAAAUUAAAACAAUAGAAAUACUUAACUAACUGACCAAUCACUUUGGUUCUGCCCUCCCUAACCAAGUCCUGCCUCCGCCCCCAAAUCCUGGCUACGCCCAUGGAUGCACAACCAGAACUAUUAAUUGUUUCUUCUUGGGGCAACAACAGCACUAAAGUAGGAAAAACCAUAUUUCAGUUCAUUUUUUGCACUCAUGCUCUUGAGUCUUGCUAGUCAUGUGAGGAAAUGUUACUAUGCAUGACAGUGUAAAGCAUCCUGUCCCUCAUGUGGAGGACCUUAAUCAUAGUAGAUGUAUGACAAGCCUUGCAUAUAUGACAACAUAGGGCUAUCUGGAAUGACUUUGCUUUUGGAGAUACCUAUCUCAUGAUCCUGUAGUGCUUUUGGUUAUGGUGCUGGUUUGAAGAUUGCUUCCUUUGAUUUCAGGGCUCAGUUUAGAUUGCAGCAGCUACCAAUAUAUUUCCCUUGGUUGAAGUGGGCUGCAUAAAAGUAACUGAUUUUCCAUGGUACUGCAAGACUACCUAUUUCUAGAGGUCUCUGUCUACUUCUGUGGGUUCAUUUAGUGUCAUCAGCACAUAGAUGCUUCAUAAGUCUAUUAGAUAGUGAGCUUGUAGUAAAUUGAAAGAUGGCAAAGUUCUUAUUAACCCAACAGGUCUGUCUUUGGCGGAGGCUAAAAAAUUAAGCUCCUAUUUCCAUUUCACUGAGCCUGUAAAUUUGAAGAACAAAACUCUCCUGGAGAAAGCUGACCUGGACCCUGCCAUUGACUUCCUGGAUUCACUUGAGCAUGAUAUUCCUAAAGGUAGGGAAGAUGUGACAUUCCAAACGCAAAAUGAAAAUAGUGUUGUGAAGUUUUCAUAUCCACUUAAGAAGUACUAUCUGCUUUUUCACUGUGUAAUAAUAACAAUAAGCAUUUAUAUGGAGCUUUUUAGUGCUUAGAGAACUCUUGUUUCAACCCACUGCAGGUUUGUGGGCCUACAAUUCCCAUAUUGUAGACUGCAGGAAGGACUCUGAGCAUGAUGGCAAUUUACCGAAGGCCAUGUAGCUUUUCCAAGACUAAGCUGAGCUCACAGUUUCCACUCUUGUUGGUGUGUGUGCAUAAAAAAAAGAUGUAUGGCCUUCCUUUCAAUACAAUAAUUUUCAAAGUGGAGAACAAUCUAAAUACAGCAAUAAAGCACACACACACAAAAGCAUGAACCCCAUAAGCAGAGCUGCUAAACCCAAAUAAAAUCAGAUUAGGCACACCAAAUAGCAAAGGCUGCCCCAAAACUAACAUGCUACAUUAUUUCUCAUAACAAAACAUGAUACAUAUAAUUUGUGAAUGGUCUGGUUCUUCAGAUAUACCAACCUUUCCAGUGGCAGGAUAAAACACAUAAAAACAAAAUGAGCUGUUGCAUCCUUUCACUGGGUAGCUUUGUCUGUGUCUUGUGUCAGCACCCUGUUCUGCUUGAACUUUCUGUGUUUUCUCUUCAUUAAAAGGGGCUUGCAGCAGCCAGUGUCCUGGUGGGCAAGAUAAGGCUACUUAGAGAUAGGAACAUUUUUAUGUGGUUUGAAGUAUUUUGCAAGACCAUUUCCACCCAAUAUUGCCUCUUAUCUAAAUGGGGUCUUGUUAACUCUAACCUUGUAUCCUGGGCAGUCUAAGUUCAAACUUUUCUUUGAUAAAUCUCUUACCUUGGCAGGAGAAAAUGUAACAGUUUAGGAAAUGGAGGAAUACACUCAUUAUUAAAUGUGAAUAUCUUAGCCCCUAAGCGCAAUGAAAACAAUUAAUGUAGCUCUUAUUGUUUUCUAAUUUAUGCUGUUUUACAGCUCCCUCCUUAAAAUACCUUUUGCUUCCAAAUAAACAUAACAGAACUACCAGAACUGAAUACAGAUUGCUCUUUUGUACAAAUAUGAUCCUUUAUUAUCUGCAAAUUGAACAUGUCAGCCCUUCUGAAGUUUCCUAACCCCUCAUCAACACAAACAUUAUUACCUCUCCCACUUUCACACAUUUCUUUUGCAUCCUAUAUGCUGUUCUGGAGUUCUCACCCUCUUAAUCUCUUCUCCAGAGCCCAUUCCACACUGCUCAGUAUGUUGAAUUAAACUAUUCCAUGUUGUGUAUCCAAUGCAUCUCCUUCACCUCUAGCUACUUUUAGUGCCUCAUUAAAUACUUCCCACAGAGUUUGUGUAGAAAAGGGUGCUUAAGAGGCUGUGGUGCUCAGGCUAGAAUUUGGUUUGUAGCUUAGGACCUUUUUUAUCAUGAAUUUUUAUAUCUUUCACAUAAAAAUCUUUGCUGAUUUUGUUACUGUAGUUAGGGCUAACGGUGUUUGUGCUCAUCCAUUAUUUCAAACAAGAAGUCAAAAGGGAACAACAAAAAUUACAUGAGUUAGUUUUUGUAUUUAAUGCCCCCCUACCUUUAUGGUCAGUAUUAGUGAACUUCUCACAGCCAGUUUGCUUUUCAAAGUCAUUAAUCUGUUACCUUUACUUCAUGAGCAGAGUAGCAUGUGGCAUGGCUCCUUCCUAUCAGUAGAGUGGCCAUUUGUCCUACUUUACAGAGUGUAGUCCUCUGUUUGUAGGGCUGUAAAGUACAAGUCCUGAAUAAAGAUAAAGAGCUUUAAGAGGAGACAGCAGGGUCUUUGAAGUUGCUCAUCUGCAUUCAGUAGACUGAGCAUGCAGACAGGUUACCUGGUCACAGUCUUGCUCUCUGGUGAGAGGUCUUGUAUUUCUGUUUCUAAAUCAUACUUCUAAAUUGCUAUAUGCAAAUCUAUGGUGCCACCUUUAUUUUGGCAAUGCAUAAGUGGCUAUUGUACUUCUCUAACUCUGUGGUUCCAUGACAUGGGAAACCAACAUGGAAGCUGCAAAGUAAGGGGUUCUACACUCAAUAUUUUAUAUAAAUAGCAAUGUUUGAGAAGGGUGAAUGAGCUUCCCAUUCCAGUGCUAGAAAGUAGCAAUAGCACUUGAAGCAGCUUGGCUUGUCAGUAAAUGCUAUAAAUUUGAUAUGGCUUCCAAGGGGUUCCUAUCAAAAAAUGUUUGGGAAUUGCUGAAUUUGAUGAAGCAUUGUACAGAAUUUGAGAAUGGGAAGCUGGAGUGAGAGAGGGAGAAUAUUUGUGCUGUGAUCUGCAUGACUGCAUUCAGAACAGCAGUUAAUUCAUCCUGCUAAAUACAGAGUUUUAUAAAUUUGUAACACAAGGUGGCAUCCAAAUACAGAAAUGUCUAAAUAAAUUCCACAUUAAUGCAUGAAAAUAUCCCCCCAAUAUCACAAUGCCAGUGUAAUUACAAAAAAUUCUGCUCAUGCUUACUCUACAGAAGUGACAGGAAAGUAUAGGUUUGACAUUAGAUUAGAAGCAGCUGCAAAAGAGAGGACUUUGAAGCAAGUGACAAUGGGAUAGUUACUCAUAUGUCUGUGAAAAUGUGUAAGGCAUGCCUCACAAUACAGUGGUACCUCCGGAGCCCUGUUCGCAUCCAGAAGCGAAUGCAACCUGCGUCUGCGCGUGUGCGGGUCAUGAUUCGCCGCUUCCGCGCAUGCGCAUGCCAUCAUUAUGACCGUCUGUGCAUGCACGAGCGCUGAAACCCGGAAGUAACACGCUCCGUUACUUCCGGGUCGCCGCAUUGCGCAACCCAAAAAUACUUAUCCUGAAGCUACUUCAACCCGAGGUAUUACUGUAGAGCUAUGAACUCUGAAAUACUAGAAGAGGUUUUAACAAACAGGCUUGCUAUAAAUUUUAUUAUUUUUCAGUUACAGCAGAUCACUUCAUCUGAGCCUAAGCAGUUGCUCUAGUUUUGUGUGGUAUACCGUAUUUUCUGCUCCAUAAGACACACUUUUUUCCUCCUAAAAAGUGAGGGGAAAUAUCUGUGCAUCUUAUGGAGCGAAUGUGUGGUCCCUGGAGCCGAAUCGCCCAAGUGUGGCUCGCGCCAUUGCCCUGCCCUCCCAGGUUGCCAGCAGCCUCCCCUUUCCCCUGAAGUCCCGGGAAAGUUUGGGAGUGGCGGGCAGGCUGUGCACCGCUGCCUCACACUCCUGGGCCGCUCUCUUUGUCCGAUUCUAGAACAGAGAUCUGAUUUUAAUCUUGAGCUCUCAAUCUUGCAUUUAUAGAAAUUAUGUUGAGUUGUGUGAUUCUUGAAUUUUCCCCUAAUUGGCCCUCACACAUUUAUGGGUAUUUAAGAUGAACAGAAAUAUAGCUCAUAUUAUGACUAUAAUAUACCACAGCUACGAAAUGUAUAUCACGAGCCAGAGCCCCAACUUCUUCCAACUCUCUCCCCAAAAUAACUGACGAUGGUGCUCAUUGUGUCUGAUUACCAGGAGUUACUAUUAGGUCUUAUUAUACUAUAUUAUACUUCCCUCACUGCUUCUGAGAACUAUCUGUAUCAGAACUAUCCAACACUGGUUUCCUUUGCAGGGUUGAACUUUAUCGGUACAGCAUUUAAUGGGGCUUUAGUAUUGGGCGAUGGGGCCUCUUUGUGCAAGUGCUUGGAGAAAAUCCUCCAGGUUUUAUGUUAGUGCUUUAAUAGAUGCAAAAGUCCCAGGUGCUGGGAGGAUUGAAGCUAAGAGACAUGAACCUGUUUUAUAUCCAGGCAUUAGCACAACUAAUUUAUUCCCUUUCACAGUCCCCCGCUCCCCCUGAAGUGAUUAAUCCCCUAUCAAGCUCUGUCUCCAGCUAUUCAAAAAGCCUGAGUCUGUAGGGUGUUUUUUUUUUAACAGCCCCUCGCCAGCAAGCAGACUGUAAGGCAGCCUGUUAUCGGUGUGUGGUGGAGGUGGUUUGAAGACAAAUGGCUGCCUAUCUCCCAAGUGGCCUUGCAAAACCCAACAAAGUGCUAUGCUGUGCUGGCCACCUACUUUCCCCCAGCCUCCUCUCCCUGCUAACGUUUCACAGAUGUGACCUGAGCCCUCCUCUUUCAUAGCUUAACACUAAGCAGCACUUCCACAGCCUUGUGAAAACUCUGAGCCCGAGAGCACUUUACCUUGCAGCCUGCCAAGAGCCACAUGGGGACAAGACCUUUCAAGCUGCUUUUCUGAAAUCCAAACUAAGAAGUUUAUAAUGGAUGAGGGGGAAGUAAUGGUGUCAGAGAGAAAAUGAUGUUACCAAGAAGGCACAGAGAGUGGGGUGAGUCUGGUGGUGCUUCUCUAGUCUGUUCUUCAGUGGGGAAGGGCAGCUUUGAGAACUUGUGGGUUCAAAAGAUAACAGCAGUACAGCCUUUGGAGCUUAUGCAACAUGGCAGAACAGGCACAGGCAACAUUUGGCCCCCCAGAUGUUUUGGUCUACAACUCCCAUGAUCCCUAGCUAACAGGACCAGUGGUCAGAGGUCAUGGGAAUUGUAGUCCAAAAUUGUAGUCCGAAGGUUGCCCGUGGUAGAACAAUCCAGGAAGCAGCCAUGCAGUGAAAUGAGUUGCUGAAGUAUACGCUUAACCUUCUGGAGGAUAAAUGACUCCCCAGACUGUGUGGAUAAGUUGAUCUGGUCAAAUGGCCAAGUUAGCAGGUAAUUUGCUUGUGCGUUAAUACUAUUUUAGCAUUGGGCUGCUGUACCAGUCACCUUCCAGUAGGAGACACUGUGGGGUCAGCCUCAGUAGGAAGAACAGAAACCCUAAUCAAGUAAUAUGAGAAAAGUUUGGACUCUUUAGUGAAGUGAAGACAGAGAAACCAGACUGUGUGUGGUAUAUGCUGACCUCUUGAACUGUGGAUAUGGAGAGGAGACUAUCAGCCCUGCUAGAGUUCGCACAACUUUCAGGAGGCUAUAUUGCUUUCUCUUAGUACCAGCAUCUUAUGUGUGUUCAGCUCAGGGUCUCCCAUGAUUUUCCCUAUCAAAGGCCACACACUAGGCCUGUUCGUGCCAAGAAUGUGUGUCUGUAUUGACACUUUUGGAGUCUGAUGUUGCUACUCCUACACUGAUCAUAGGGUGUUCCCUCAAGGUGUGACCUUUUCUUUGGAACUGAUCCUUAUGAGACAAUUGUAACAUGAACAAGAGCCAGUUAGAAUUGCUGCUUUUGACUUUCUGACCACCCACAAUUUGCCCAAAUUAUUGGAACUAUGCCUAUAUCUCUUGAGCUUUGCUUCUGUAUGUAAUAAACUGUCAUACUGGGUUUUUGGAUUCAAAUUGUCAAGUACUUCAGGGGUCUGGUUUAUCAAGAAAUCUUGGCUACUCUUCGUGAAGGAGACUGUUCAUUGUUUCUGAGGUGGUUUUACCGUCCCAGAGCAAACAAGGACAGGGGAGCCAAGAGUUUGUCGUGUCUUCUAGGGCAUGUAAUUAUAGGCUUUUAAUUUUACUUUUCGAAAGGGAGAAAAAUAUUUUCUCCCUUCAAUAUGUGACUUAGUUCCUGCUUCAUAUCUUUUCUUUCAGUUUUGUUAUAGGGCUCUUGAUUCUGCGUUAAUAGCUGCUGAAGCCUUGAGACAGGACCAGGUUAUAUUUAAUACAUAAAUCAGAUAUGGUCUAAAUCUUGUUCUAGGGACUGAUGAGCCUUAAUGAAAGUAAAACCCUACCGCAAGAGGCCAUUUUUAGGAAACCAGAAGAAAAUUCAGUAUAGUCAGACUUUGUAAAGCUCUAUCUGCAACUAUCUGGUGGAGGUUGCUUUGGGAAAGGAGACAUAUCCCAGCUUCCCUUUGUAAAUGAGGGGAGGAAAGGUAAAUGUAUAGGUCUUUAUGAAUGAACUGUAUGCAAAAACAACUUCAAAGCAUGACAGUGAAAUUUUCAUGCAAGCUGAGAAAUAAGGAUACAAAGCCCUCCCCCCCGGUGUUUUCAUAGCUAAUCCUUUUUAAAGUUGACAUUAGGGAUUCACUGUUUCAUAGCUCCCAGCUAGCUACCUGUGUGCUCCGUUUAGUAGUGGAUGGUCUGAAUAUUUCUGAAUACCCACUGAUUGACUUUUACGAAGUAGUUUCUCAUUGGCUGUUCUUAAUAUUUGUGAUGAAGAACUCUCAUAGCUGAACCAGAUGUUGAGAUCUCAGUGAUGGUCAUCCUCAGAACUGCCAGUGCUCUUCUUGCAUGCUGAAUAACUUUUUUUUAAUUACCUGAUGCAGAGUCUGCCAGUCUGACCCUGCACAAUUUGUGAAAAUGUUGGAAGAAUUUUUCACUGUCACUGUCAGAGCAUGAUGCCUAUCCCAGAAUUAAAUUGUUAUCCUACCAUGUGUCCCAAUGCAUGCCAUGGUCAAUACAGGAUAUAGUGGUUUUGAAUCCAAAUUCAGAUGUUAUCAAGUUGCAUUAUUGGAAACUGCAGCAACAAAAAUAAGUGCAGACAAUAAACUGCCAGUGGAUUGUAAAGGAGAUUCACUAAUUUGAACAACUAAGUAAGAGAAGCCUUUGGAAGCUGUCAUGAGGGUUUUUUUAUUUGUUAUUUUUGUCCUGCUUUGUAUGCUAUUUAUGAAUUGGUAGCUUACUUUGCACAUUGUAUGUCUGUUUCAGACAUGUCCCUCUUAUUUGUACUGUAUGCAAUGACCUAUGGCAACAAGCAAACAUUUAUUGUACCAACAGAACAUGUGUGCCUUAGUCUUUGAGGUCAGCAUGAAAAUUUCAGUUUAUAUCUAGCAUAUUUGCAAGUUGUUUUGGCAUUGUAUUCAGUAACGUAUUAUUCUAUUGCAAUAGUACCUGACAGAGAUCACUGUUACUAGAUUGGAAAGCUGAGAUGAGAGAUAAGAGAUGAGUACAUGGAGAACAGUAAUGCAAAAGAGAGCUUCAGUGUGACUCAUUGGGUAAUUUUUAGAUAUAGACAUGGAAGACCUUGUUUCAAAUCAAAGUUCAGCCAUGGACUCAUGCAUUCAGUUUCUAUCCACAAAGUAGGAAAAAUAAUAAUCUACUUAACAGGAUGAAAGUAAAUGGUUUGAAGUAAGUCAUUCUAUACAUCUGAAAUGAAUAAUAAAAAUUAAUCAUGUACUCUGGCAUGAUGUAAAGGAAAUAAAAGAAGCAGCCAUCUUAUGAGCACAGGUCUAUGCUUUCUGGACGGGGCUGCCAUACCACCACCCUGCCCCUCCUUUUUUAUUUCUGAUGGUGAGAAAGGAAAGGUUGGGGUCAAGUUUAUGUACAUGAUACAAACCGGAUAAGCUGUAAUGAAAUUCCCAUCAAAAGCCUACCCACAUUGACCUAGGGCAUCUCUUUCCCCUUGUUGUGGGAAAAGGUUCUCAAUCCACAUCCUUCUCCCUGCUGUGUGUGUUGAAUUAUUAGUUGGAGGACUAAUUGCCCUUGUUCAGGUUUGCCUCCUGCCCCAGCUUUUUUGGAGUGUGGCCAAUUAAGGUGCUUCUGCCCCAGCACUCUUGUCACAUUUCAUCUCAUUUCAGUUUUGAUCCCUGUAGUUCUGGAACUAAUCUUUAUAUGUUUCCCAUACAUGUGCACUUCCUCCUACCAGAAUUGCUGUUUUUUGUUUUUUAAAAAAUAUUCCUUUCUUAAUAAAUACUGAAUUUGUACAAUUCUAUCCAUACCCAUCUCAACAAAAUCUAUCAUAUGUCUGAUUCAGAUGUAACGGGAAACCAUGGUUUCUUAUAACUCCCAUGAGCUAUGGCAAGCCUUGAGCUGUGUGCUCCCUUCUCCUCUUGCAUGCCAGAAGGGGACAGAAGUUACAACUUCUAAUUUUAAACUAACCAGUUUUCUGCAGUGUCCACAGUUGGGGUAACUGAUUUGCCUAAACCGGGGUGGGAAUCCAUUUUCAGCCUGAGGGCCACAUGUGAAUGGCUUGUAUAGGUACCCCUCCCUCCUUCAUCCAGGAAGCAAGAUGUAUCACCACAGUUCAAGAACAGGCACCUUGCAGAGGGUUUGGGGCUUGGAGUAGGCAAGCAACUGCUGGAGGGCUGAAUAAAGAGGACUGGAAGGCUGCAUUCAGCCCAUGGGUGUGAGGAACAUAAGACGCCAUCUUACACUGAGUCAGACCACUGGUCUAUUUUCCACAGUAUUAUCUACACCAGGGGUUUCCAAACUUGGAUCUCUAGCUGUUUUUGGACUACAGUUCCCAUCAUCCCUGACCACUGGUCCUGCUAGCUAGGGAUGAUGGACGUUGUAGUCCAAAAACAGCUGGAGACCCAAGUUUGGUAAACCCUGGUCUACACUGACUCAUAGCUGGUCUCUAUGGUUUCAGGUGAGGGACAUUCCCAGCUGUGCCUGGAGAUGCCAGGGAUUCUUCUCCAUCCUGUUAGUCAUCUGUUUAUCCCAAACUUCUCCGUGCAUCCCCCCCAUCACUUUUCAAACCACAAAAAGUCUCAUUAGUUUUUUUUAAAGUGGAUUAGUUGUGCUAGGACAAAUAACUUUAACCCACUCUUAACUGUUCAAACCUAAAGUUCUGGUAUACCUCUGAAUCCCUCCCACAAAACAGUGAUAGUCUGGAGGUACCCUCAGAAGGGAAAGUGACCGAUCCCCUUCUUGUGGGGACAAAAGAGUGGGUUGGAACUGCACAGGGGGAGCAAAGAGGGGAUCAUUCCACCUGGCAAGUCAAAAUGCUUGCCUAAUGUUUAAUGUUGGCAAGAACAUGUUGGGGGAAAUGGGAGUAGUUAAAAAUCAAAGUGCAACUGUAUAUAUGGAUGCGAGAGAAGUGACGUAGUUAAUUCUGUUGCAGUUGUUUUAGCAGGAGAACAAGGAGCAGAAAAGGAUGUAUGCGAACACAGCCAUAGCCAUACGAUGCUUUGUGAAUAGUAUCACCUAGAUAUAAUAGAGGUGUCACUGCUUUUGUUUCCCUAAUGCGACCUUUUGGAACAGGCAGCUUUUACCAGCAUUGAAAACUGCUUCUUCCCAUCCCCACCCUGUUCUUUGAAAUACAUCCAAAACAGGAGUGUUAUGGAAGAGUAGAUUUGAAGUGGAUCAGCUCUGUUGUUUUAAGGGCCUCUCAUUUUACAGUUAGUAGAUCAAGCGUCUCCAUUGCCUGCAUAUCACAGAGGGCCCAGGUCAGAGCCCAGACAGACAUGGGGGAUGAGAGUGGAUACAGUGGCAGGCUGGAGAGAAAGCAGAAGCCGAGGGGAGGGAGGUUGACGUUUAAAACACAGGCACUAGGGUCCUGGCAGUUGACAGAGGGCCAUCGAGGAGUCAGUGGCUGGUUGAGCAGACAAGCUUUCGGAGCAGUGUCUUGUUUGGGAAAUGGUUAAGCUCCUCCUCAGCAUUCCCACCCGUAUUUGGCAGGGUGAAGGUUGCAGCCUGCUCCAGAGGGGGAAUGGGAAGCUCCAGAUCUUCAUCCAAAGGAUAUUUUUCCCAGGCUCUUUCCUCCCACACAGACCUGACAGGCAUUUUUUUUCAGUCCAGACAGUAUUUGGCUUAAGCUAGUUCUGGCGGGUGCAGCUUAAAAAGCAAAUUAUGGGGUUUAUAGUUAUUUGAAAAAAUAACACAGUAACUGUGCAAAGCUUUUCUCAUGAACGUGCCAUAUGCCGGAUCUCUGAUCCUUAGUGAAUGUCAUCUUCACUGCUGCUGAAAUACUGUUGGAGCCACACCUCCUUGUUCACUGCCUCAGCUGGUGUCUUGUGCUUGCUGCUACGUGCUGAGCUCUGCCCACCAAAGUUUCUGACUGGGAUAUUGACAACAGAGGCAAGAAAAGUAUCCCCUUCAACCAUAGAUAACAUUUAUGUGCUUAUUUAAAAUAAAAGUUGUGCGGCUACAGGAAAUAAAAAAGCAUUAAUUUUGGUUAUAAUCCAGCUAAAUUGUGAUUAAGUCUUUUUGAAAGUUGCAACUCACUUGUUCCUUUGGUUUCAUUGGAAAUGCAGUGCAAUCUUACAAAUGUUUAUUUGGAAGUAAGCCCCACUGUGUUCAGCGAGGCUUCCUCCUGUUAAGCCCAAUCCUAAACAUACUAGGGAGUAAACCUCACUGAAUGCAGUUGGGCUUAAUCCUGCAAAAACAUGCAUAGCAUUAUGCUCUCAGUCAUGCUUAAUUUUUUUGUUAACUCAUUAUGAGAACAAGAUACAUUAUGUAGCAUUAGUUGACAAUUCUGUUACAUCCUAGGGUAUGAGUUUCUGUUGUACGUAAUACCAAAAAAGCUCAUUGAGAUUCUACUGUAUGUAACGGAUCAUAAUUCUGAAUCUGAAUUUAAUACUUAAUUUUCUUAUAGGAUAAUUUAUAUCCUGUAACUUCUGCCCUAAAAAAGGCCAUCAGAUAGAUCUCCCAAGUAUUCUGUUAGAACAGCCAUGCUACUAAACGCCUAGUCAUUUACUGUACUAUGCUGCAGGGUUGUUUUUUACCUGCCUGCCUGCUUUUUCCCCCACAGCGUCCUCUUGUGAAUAAAAAGCAAGUAAAAAAUAAUACUAACUAGCAGGCUAGAGGAAGUAUAGCAGCUACUAUACUUCCUCCUCUACUCCCCAUCGGUCUGUCCAUUUUCUCCCCUGCUCCAUUACUAGAGAUCCUCAUAGAAAAGGGCUCCUUUUUCUUUUUCAUAGGAAAGGGCAAUUGGAGCCAGCUCCAGCUUCUGUCUCCAUUUGCUGGAGCGUAUCUUGGCCUCAAAGAGCAGGCACAGACAGAGCUGGCUCAAUGAUACUUGUGCAGAAGCUGACUGGGCUGGCGAAGCAGGGCCCCUGCUUCAUCAGCCUGAUCAUUUGCCUUGAAAAAAUUCCAUGCAUUUGCCUCUGUGAAAUUCCUGGGCGCCAAUGGUGAUCAGAUGAAUGGUUAAUACAAUUCUGUAUUAAAAACAAAAAUCCUGCCUUGCAAAAUUACAAACAGACAAGAACUCAAAAAAUCAUUGUCUUCCGUGAGUUGAAUUGAAUUGAGGCAUUUAGUGUUUUUAGCACCCCAACUUUGUGUUUUGCUAUGUAAUUUUGUGUAACAAAAUUGGCAAGAGGUUCUGUGAAUAAAUUGGACCUUAAUUCACAGUCUGAUCUCUUCAUGGAAGAAAUUUUAUAGAAUUGAGAACGUAGCACAAAUGUUCCCAAUUUCGCCUCCGUCUCAAUUGUGUGAAGCAAUGUGUUCAUUACAACUAAAAUGGUGGCGUGCGCAGAGAGUGACUCAUUUGGGAUAGUCCGAGUCUCAAUUCGGCUGCUCAAAACAGGAGAAAUGGGACAUUGUGGUGGGUCUGAAGUUUGAUUGGCAGGUAACAAGGGGAAAAGCAGUGCUCUUUUACGCAGUCCUCUUGUUGGAAAGGCAGCUGCUUUGUGCAACAGCUGCAAUUUCUGAAUGGCCUUUAAUGGCAGUCCCAAAGAGGAUGUCCCAAGGAAAGUGUGUCAAGGAAAUCAAUAUAGGAAAAUAUGGCUUGUUGGCUGGGGUUGUUGUGGAGAAGAUGCAUCAGAUUGGCCUUCAGAAAAGAACGGAGAGCACCCCUGCCCAUUGCUGCUCUUCCAAGUGUCUCUGAUAUUUAUCUUAAAGCUAAGUUGGGAUAAUGUAUGUAGCUAACACACCUUUCAGUCUUCUUGCUUCCUGAACAUUUCUUUUGCUAUAUGUACAUGUAGCAUCAAGCAUUUGCCAAAGCUGACAAGCAGCUUUUCUGAAUUAGCUCUGUCAUCAAGUGAGGAUUAUCAUCUGUGAGUCUUUUUCCUUUCAUUGCAGUAUUUUGAUGGUUUUAGGUUACUGUCUCCCCCAAACAUCUUCUAGCCUCAUGGAACCAAAUCUGCUUUAAUACUCUUGCUUCUCAGGCUGUCAUUUCAGGAACUGAAAUACUCAGCAAGCCAUUGAGCAGCUGAUUAUAGUAGAAAGUUCAUUUUCACAUUGUCUCUUAACCUUCUCAGCAGCACCAAAGCAUAAUUAAUAUUGAAGCUAAUCCCUUUACUGCCCCAGUGCACACUUCCUCCAAAGGUGGAGGCAAAUUAAGACUCCCAAGGAAAAUUAACUCUUCUAUAAACUACUUCUGAGCUGGAAGCUCUGUUAAGUUUCUCUGUCAUUCACUUUCCUCUUGCUUUCUUUUCCUUAGCUUGUCCAUUGGCCAAAUUUCCUUCCUGAUACAGGCAAUCGGAAAAUGUGUCCCAAAGUUGCAUUUUAGCCUCAGGGUAAUAGUCUCUCAAGUCCCAAAUCAAAACAUUGAUUUGGUGCAUUGAUUUCAGUUGAUCUAUGCAGUGUAUGACUAAUGUUGGCUAUUGACAAUUAGGAUAGCUAGUCCACAUGUAGUCUUGCUUCAGGUGGAGCACACACACACACACACACACACACACACACUGGAUGAAGAGCUGCACGCUUAGUCACUGCCCCUAAAAUGCCUCAUGCAAUAGCUGGGGCUCACACCUAUCGAUGGAGCUGGGGGAAAAUGAACAGCUAUUGGCUCCCAUUUCCUAAACAAUUUGGUAUUAUCAAUCUGACUGGAGCUGCACAUAGUUUUGAGUAUCAGCAACUUUGCAUGUAGAAACUUCCAUUUAUUAAUUUAUUUAUUUGUACUAUGUUUUUCUACAUGCUGGAAGCUGCCCAGAGUGGCUGGGGCAACCCAGUCAGGUGGGCGGGGUACAAAUAAAUUAUUAUUAUUAUUAAGCCAAUGUGCACCUCAUGCUGCUGGUGGUUUGCCCCUGAAGGCUUUUGCCCCUAGAAAUCAAAUAGGCUGUAAGGUGCAAUGCUUGUCCUUUUGGAGCUUCUCUUUGGAAUAAAUCUGAUUACAGUACACCUUCCUGAUAUUAUGGGAAGGGCCUUAGCUCAAUGGUAACCUGUUCUGCAUGCAGACGGUCCUGCCUUCAAUCAGACAUCCCUAGGUAAGGCUGGGAAAGACUCUAAGUUGUAUCCAACUAAGUCUUACUAAGAGAAUCACAGCAAGUCUUGGAAUGAAAAGGCAGAGCACAGAAUUCUAGAAUUGCAAAAUAAGUCAUCUAGAGAGGUUACUUACCAAUGCUGAUAUAAUAGAGAAGCUGAACGUCGCUCAUUAGCAGACCUUGCUUAUGUCUUCAGCCUCAGGACUUAAUGAUAAAAAGGUUAUCGUAUGAUAACUGGAUCUUACUAGCAUUAUUUGCUUGUUAUUUUGUGGACCUGGGACCUCAUGCUGGAGUUAACACUCUUCACAUACAAAGGUAGCAGCUACAUGAGGGGGUAAUACACAAUUACAUUGGUGUGUUUACUUGUGUGAUUAACUGAGCCAAGAAUACAGUAGUCUGUACUACAGCUAAGUCAAGCUUGUUCUAGUGCCAGUGUUCACUGAACACAUGUGAUCCUAGUUUGGCUUAUCACAGAAAAGCUGUCUUUGUCAAUUAGGAUGAAAUCCAGCAUCCUAUUCUUAUGCAGGGUCCUGGAGCAUCCAGUUUGAGAGGGGAGGCAGAGUGGUAGUACUACGAAGUUUGCUCUGGCCUGGACUCACAUUCUACCAUGUCCCCAAUACUAAACAACAUGGCUACAUCUACUUUGGCAACGCAGAGAAGAACCUGGACCUGCCCUUCAUGCUAUAAUAGCACGAGGCCGAAAAUGGAAGAGAUGCCUUGUACUAAUUUUGUAUUUGAAACUGGGUAUGUCUUUUUGCUUUAAUAGAUCAGCAUGAAAUCAGUCUAAUGUGUUAGUGAGACCAUAUUUUAAAAUAUUAAGCAGAUCAGCUGUGUGCCAUCUAGCCUGUAAGCCAGCUGUAUGUCAUCUACUCUUUCCCUCUAAAUUAUGUCAGUCUCCUUAGAGUGCAGCAAGACCAGUACCAGAAGCAUUAUUGUUUGUUCACUUUUGUUUUACUUUGUAUUUAUGUACUUAAACAUUGAUUUGGCAGGGUUUGUUUGUUUGUUUUGGUAAUACUGAUUUAUUCUGCAUUUGUUGAAUUUUGAUUUUUGUCAUUUGAAUUUACUAACAUGCUCUGUAAUUUGUAUGUUUGUAUUUUCAAUGUUUUGAUUUUUUUGAAUGUUUGGUGUGAGCGGCUUUGGGCACAGCUCAUUGUGGAAAAGCUGCAUAUAAGUAAACCAAAUCAUCAGUAAACACCUUUUGAUAAAUUACCAUAUGCACUUGCCAUAUGUACUCAUUCCCUGCAGGGCUCAUAUUCUGUCUCCAUUACUUUACAAAGGAACUAGAAAUAAGAGACCUCCUAGGAUUAGGAAAUCAGGAAUCCUAAUUGUCGGUUUGCUAUCCAGGCACAUGAGCUAUGUAAACACAGAAAAUGAAAUUGUUUUGUGGUAUAAAGUGUUACAGAUGCAUAGUCUACAAGUCUAGUAGGACACACAAGUAAUUUCUGGUUUGACUAUUUGCUCUGGACUCCAACUUUUCCUUUAAUUAUGCACAUUUUCUAAACACACAUCACUUUUCCAAUUGCACCAACAAAAUCAGGCUGUAGUACAAUCAUUCUUCGUGUACAGUACUUCAGCACUUGAUACUUUAUGGACAUUAUUUUUGCUUUCAUUAUACAUUAUAUUGGGCUGACUGCACAUAUUCACAGAUUCCAUAAGUUGCAUGUAUUUCUGAGAUGUAAUUGUGUGUGAAAAUGAAGUUUAGAAUGCACACGUCCUCUCUAGAAGGUUUCACUUGCAGCAUAAAAAAGCCAUUACAAAAAUACCAUUCUCUCCAGUGGCUCUUUUAGGAAUGUUGCUGUGUCUGAUGACUUUGGUUAAUAGGUUCAGGUAGGGAGGGAUUACUGUGAGCUGGUAGAUCUAAAAGACUGCUGGCCAGUGCCUCAAAAUAGUGGCUGCAAUAAAACAAGCAUUAGAGCUGAGCAGCAGAAAGAAUUAAGCCUAUUUUUUUUGACCCAGAGCAUUUCCCCAGCAUAGAAACUAAAGUAGCCUGUAGAGGAAGUGACAACUACAGUUGUGUGAUACUAGUUGCCUCACUUCUAUCCAGGCUUCCCCCCAUCAUCACCAUUUAAGGCUCCCUUGUGCAUGUUUCCCAGCAACCUGGCUAUAGCAAUACUCCCCCAAUCUACCUCAUCACCUUGAAAUACUCAAAAUUUUACAGGACAAAAAGUAUGCAAAUCAUAGGCUACAGAUGAAAGGGGGCAUACAAAAUUAAGUUGUUUGAUUUUGUCUAUACUGGUUGCAGGCUGUACUGUUCCCAGAAUCUCCUUUUGGUUUCACAAAUAUUAAUCUCAUUUUUGUCCUCAAGAUCAUAAGCUUUUCUCUCAAGGCUGAAGUGGACCUAUAUAACUGAUCAGAAGACUGAAGCUGAAUGUGUAUUUAUUGCAUCUGUGGGGAACUACUUUGCAGUAAAUAUUCUUCCUAAGUUUACACAUGGCACUCCUGUAGGAUUUUGUGUGUGGGGGGGGGACGGGGACAGGACAAUGGGAUUUUUAUUCUGCUUUAAUUGUCUUCCUCCCAUCAGCAUCAUGAGCAGUAAUAGACACCAGCUAUUGAUGUCAAUUAAGGACAUCACUACGGAAGGGGGGAAAUCCACUUGAGCAGCGAGUUACAAAUUCUUUCUCUAUGGUACAUGUUCAAGAGGUAGAAGCUACCCAAAGAACUGAAACAGUACACAGCACUAGGAGUCGACUCAAGAGUUUAAUUGGGAUUUAAAUAAAGGAAGAUAAAAGUUUUGUUAUCCU